AUGUCCGCGACCAACGUCUCGCCCGUAGGUCACUACGGGACGCCAUAUCAUGCGCCAGUCUACGUUCCGCCAAGCCAUGUUCAGGAAUUCUACGUCAAUCGAAUGGGGCCCGUGUUACUAGGACCUCACGAAAACACCCGCGUUUCGCCACCAGCAACCGCCACACCGUACACUUCGGAGUCCUCGGGACUGAAUGAAAAGUCUCACUCCCCGCAGAGCAGCGUCCCCGUGCAAUUUUUGGGAGCAUCAGCGAACAAUCUGGCACACAGUCUCAACGACUUGCUGGAGAGCAAGAUAGACGAGAUUGGCGUUCCGAACGAUGAAAGUGAACUGGAGAGCAUGUUCCGGAUGUUCGAGCGCACCGAGUACCAGCACCCAGAGUCUUCCACGUCGUUUGAUUCGGCAAAAAGCUGGGAGAUUCCUGAUUUCCUUACCAAACGAAUCUCCAUAGACUCUCUGCAGUUUCCCGGAGAACACAGAAAAUACCUAGAGCUCUUCGACCACGAUUACGCCCGAGUCAUCAUGCCUCUUCAACCCUCGCCCCAGUACAACCCAGCGCGGGAAAUUCUUCUGACCUAUGCGAGUAAGAACAACUAUCUCAUGGCUGCCAUCUUAUCGUGCGGUGCCCUGCAAAGUUUACGCAAAACCCAAGACGCUCAAGACGAGAAAAAUUACUGCUCGUACUUGUCAACGUGUUUGCAGCUGCUGUCCACUGUUCUGGCUGACCAGAAUAAGAUCAGCGCGAACGUGGAGCCCAUGCUACUCACCAUCCUCCUUCUCACGUCGUACACUGCGAUGUCUCUUGUCCAGAAAUGGAGACCGCAUCUCUGUGCCGCAAAGGACCUGCUCUCCACAUAUGCCCCAUUUAGCGAGGACCCACGCCUUCGCCAGCGAGAUUCGUACGUCGUGGCAUUCUGCCGCAACUGGUACCUGUCGAUCGAAAAUAUUGCCGGUCUCACUGCUCCGCUGGGUGGGGUGCUCAAAAACGACAGAGAGCUCGAGCUCGCCAUGUACGACCUUCCGUAUACGCAAGCCUAUUGGGAAAGCAUGAUGUGCAGCCGCCGAGACGGCUUCAAUUAUCUCUACGGCUAUACCAAUACGCUCGGAGUAUCGCUUCAAAAGUUGAUCAAAUCGAUUAAAAUUAUGCGCAGCAAGAGAUCUUCUCCCUCACAGUCGCCCAGCCUUUCAGCCUUUUCAAUAUUCGAGCUCACUGCCGAUUUUCACAGAGAGGCGCAGUUUGAGAUCAUCAGCAAAACAGGAAUCGUGCCCAGAACUCACUUUAUGCAUCCUGAUAACCACCUCGCCCCACCAUUGGGGUUUGAACCGCUCUCGCCAGAAGCAAUUGAAAAGGUCGAGUAUUCUGACGGUACCUACGACUAUAUUUCAUGGUAUGACGUGUGUCACCAAUCGUUUGUGAUCACUGCGUUCCUGAUCAUCACCUCGGAUUUGGGCCGGAUCCCUAAAAAGCACCCAAUAAUCCAGGAACUGGUCCAGCGGGCAAUGCAUCUUUUCCGAUUUUUGGAUUGUGAAAAAGUGAUGAGAAACUAUUGCGUCCUCAUCGUCCAGGUGGCGGUAUUCUAUGUUGGCCUAAACUCCGUGUACGACCGCGAUCGGGAAUUUGUGACUCGCUACUUCACGCAAAUGAACAUUCUGCACACGGCCUCGGCCUCCGUCACCCUCAAGAGACUCCAGCGUAACUGGGAGCAUUAUGACAAGCUGCAUGACGGCGACACCGAAACGCUCGCUUUUGAGCCGGAGCUCGAAGACGACGACUUCGAGGACGUGAUGAAUUACUAG